GGUGUGAAUAUCACCUCUGAGAGGCAUCUCCUCACAAUGUCUUUCAAAUCCUCGGGUCCAAAGACUCGUCCUGACCCUGUCAAACCUCGACAACCCUCUCUACCCACCGACAGUAUCCCGCAACCUCCAACAUGGGCCACCCAAGGCCAAUCCAAAUCACGGAGAUCUUCCACUUCCUCCACUUCCUCGAGCGACUCUUUCCACUCCGCCCGUUUCGAUCCCCUCGAGGAAUCUGCUAUGAUAGCCUCUUCUCAUAGCCUCAAGGCUCAAGCCAAUACUCAAUUUGCCAAACAAGAUUAUACCCAAGCCAUUUCCACAUACGACAGGGCUCUGGCCGAACUACCGAAUUACCUCGACUAUGAAAUGGCAGUGCUUCAGAGCAACAUUGCCGCCUGCCACUUGAAACUUGAACAAUGGAAGAGUGCGGUUCAGAGUUGUGAGAAAGGACUACAAGGACUCGAAAGAGAAUUACCAACCGCACCCAAGAAGACCGAGAAGGGCAUGAAGAGCAAGAAGACCAAACAAACGAACAAGUCACAAGCCAAGGCAGGGGGUUUGAAUUCCGAUACGGAAUCCGAGGACGAACCCUCUGCGCCAAUACCUCCCCAGACGGACGAUCAAGUGGUGGAACUCGACUCUUCCGCCGACGAAGCCGAUAUGCUGGCCAAGCUCAAUCUAUCAGAUCAGCGCAAAGCCGACAUCCACCGAAUCCGGACAAAACUUCUCCUACGUCGCGCAAGAGCUCGCUCAAGUCUUCCAUUCGCCAAAGCCAAGGAUCCUGCACAAAAUGACACCGCCAAAUCGAGAUUCAAUCCCGACUUUGUAUCAACCUGGUCAUCCUUGUCAUCAGCUUUGGCAGAUUACCAAUUAUUAUCAACCCCUCCAUAUUUCAACACUCUCCCACCUUCAGAUCAAAAGACAGUCCGACAGGCUCUAGUGAGUCUUCCUCCUCAAGUGGAAAAGGCCAAGGAGCACGAAGUAGGUGAGAUGAUGGGCAAGUUGAAAGACUUGGGUAAUGGCAUUCUAAAGCCUUUUGGUUUGAGUACCGAUAUGUUCAAAGUUCAGCAAGGCGAGGGUGGAGGAUAUAGUUUGAAUUUCGAUGCCGGCGGAGGAGGCAAGAAAUGAACCAAGUAGAUGGUUGAAUUGUAGAAAGAUGCGAGCAUUAGCCAGCGACAUAUAUAGAGAAUGUGUCUCUGUGUGUGUGGGAAUUCUCAGAUACCUGCGAUCCCACAGUUGACUCUCUGAAUUUG